AUGAGCGGCAACCCGCAGCAGCAGCCCCCGCAGCCGCGGCGGGUCACCAAUGUGGGCUCCCUGCUGCUCACCCCGCAGGAGAACGAGAGCCUCUUCAGCUUCCUCGGCAAGAAAUGCGUGACGAUGUCUUCAGCAGUUGUUCAAAUAUAUGCAGCAGAUCGCAAUGCCAUGUGGUCAAAGAAAUGCUGUGGUGUAGCUUGCCUUGUAAAGGACAAUCCACAGAGGUCAUAUUUUAUCAGAAUAUUUGACAUUAAGGAUGGGAAAUUAUUGUGGGAGCAGGAGCUGUACAAUAACUUUGUAUAUAAUAGUCCUAGAGGAUAUUUUCAUACCUUUGCUGGAGAUACAUGUCAAGUUGGUCUUAAUUUUGCUAAUGAAGAAGAAGCUAAACUAUUCCGCAAAACAGUAACAGAUUUACUUGGACGACGGCAGAGAAAAUCUGAAAAAAGACGAGACCCACCAAAUGGCCCAAAUCUACCAAUGGCAACUGUUGAUAUCAAAAACCCGGAAAUUACAACUAAUAGGUUUUAUACUCCACAAGUCAACAAUAUUUCAUAUACCAAAGAAAAGAAGAAAGGCAAAACUAAAAAGAGAAGAUUGACAAAGGCAGAUAUUGGAACACCAUCUAAUUUCCAACACAUUGGACAUGUUGGUUGGGAUCCAAACACAGGUUUUGAUGUGAACAACUUAGACCCAGAACUGAAAAACCUAUUUGAUCUGUGUGGAAUUUCAGAGGCUCAACUGAAAGACAAAGAAACUUCAAAGGUCAUAUACGAUUUCAUUGAAAAAACAGGAGGUGUGGAAGCUGUUAAAAAUGAAUUGCGCAGACAAGCUCCACCUCCACCACCACCGUGCAGAGGAGGACCCCCUCCACCUCCACCACCACCUCCCCAUAGCUCCGGCCCUCCUCCUCCCCCUGCUAGGGGCCGAGGAGCACCACCUCCACCUCCUUCAAGAGCUCCCACAGCAGCACCUCCACCCCCACCUCCAUCUAGACCUGGUGCCACAGUGCCCCCACCUCCUCCCAACAGGAUGUAUCCUCCACCACCACCAGUGCAUUCAUCAUCUGCACCAUCCGGCCCUCCUCCACCGCCGCCACCACCGGCAAGUGGGUCAUCUGUUCCUCCACCACCUCCUCCUCCUCCACCCCCUCCUGGUCCUCCUCCACCACCAGGCCUUCCUUCAGAGGUUGAUCACCAGCUUCCAGUUCCUGCAGGAAACAAAGCAGCACUCUUGGAUCAAAUCAGAGAAGGAGCUCAGUUAAAGAAAGUAGAACAGAACAGUCGACCAGUGUCCUGCUCAGGAAGAGAUGCACUGUUAGACCAGAUACGACAGGGUAUACAGCUGAAAUCUGUAUCUGAUGGUCAGGAGAGUGCACCACCUACACCUGCACCCACCUCAGGAAUUGUGGGUGCAUUAAUGGAAGUUAUGCAGAAAAGGAGCAAAGCCAUUCAUUCUUCAGAUGAAGAUGAGGAUGAAGAUGAUGAAGAAGACUUUGAGGAUGAUGACGAAUGGGAUGAUUGAUCAUAUAUUAUUAUAUAUAUAUAUUUUUUAAGGUGAAUGAUAUACUAAACACUACUUUCUGUCUAUGGAUUCUGUAAAAUUAUCAUGUAAAUGUUCUACCAAUUUGCUGUAUAUUUUUGUUGCCUUUUGCUUUUUUAUUAAUCUGUGCAAUACCUCAUUUAAUCUGUAAAGGUUUGUCAUAAUCCUCUACAAAGCUACUCCCUGUUAAUGUGUGCAAGUUUACACCUGGAUGAUCAUGUACAUGUGAAUACUUUCCAUUCCAUCAAUAAGGGAGUUUAAAUGUAAUAUGUGAGACUGACAAAAACCUUAAUGUAAUUUAGUUAUAACGCAAGAAGGAAAACACUAUUUUCAUACCCUACUUUUUCUGUAUCUAAAUUUUCUUAUUAAAACCUAGUAUAGCACUAUGUUCUUUAAGUGAUGCAGCUCUUAGUUUAUUUAGCCCCUUCAUUUCAAAUACAAUGCUACAUGAAUGUUGAGGCUGGUUUAUACUAUUGCAUGGUUUCAAAUACAUCACGACAUUGCAGUUCAAAUCUUAGCAGUAAGCUUUACAUAAACCAAAAUCACUACAGAAAUGCACAGCUAGUUGUGAAGAUACCUUGCCCCAACUGUAGCAAUACUGACUGCUAUUGAACAGCAGUAGUAAUUAAAUCCUUCAAUUAGGGAACUCUGUCUGAAGCUAAACAGGGUGGCUUUACACUGUAAUAGUGGUAAAGGCAUCUCUGAUGCAGACAAGUUCAGGUUUUUUUCUUUUUUCUCCUUCCCAGCUCUUACUUUCAGAAUGAAGGAAGUGUAAAUUACUGGGGGCUAAACUGGAG